AAGCACGUGGGUACUUAGCCAUCGAUUUAAACGUUUACACAAAGUUACACAUGUGAUUCGGUUUCCUUCGUUUGCAAACAUGUUGCUACAAAGUUUGCGGAUUUUCAUUGAAAGGAAAGAAAAUUAUGCGCACAAGCUUGCAGCCUAUGUAAAUUCUGAGGAUCUGAGCAAAAAUGAUCGCCAAAAGAUUUUGGAUGUUUUGUGCGAAUUCUUGAUGAAUCCGAAGGAUACAGAAGAUGUUGCUGAAUGUUUUCCACAAUUGAUACCUGCAAUAGUUUCUACAAGCAUAUCCAUAGAGAAGGUGUCUUUUAAUGAUGGGGAUAAGUUGCACAAAUUAAAUUGCAUUAUCUUGGGAAAACUCAUCUGUAAAAAUCCUGACUUGUUAACCUUUGUUCUACACUAUUUCGACGCAAAUCCAGCACCAUUCGAGUCUAUAGAAGAUGACUAUACUCCUUCUGCUAAAAGACAUAGCAAAAAAAGAAUGUCAUCACAUUGUGAAAUAUCUGAUUACGAUUUAGUAACAGCCUGCUACGAUAUACUGUGCAGCGCACCAGUGCAUUUCAAGUAUGCAUGGAAUUGGUCGAAAUUUUACAAAUAUUUAUCAGCUGAUGACCAAGCUGUUAGAUGGAUAUCUAUGAAUUGUAUUGCUAUUGUCUUAGAGAUGUCAGAAUCCUGUAUGUUGAACCACAUGAAAGACUUAGUUCCAAACAGUGAACAGUUUCCUAUACUAUGCCAAAAAACUAGCCAUAAUAAUGUAACGUCUACAGAAAUUGAAGAAACAGAUCAAAUAUUCAAUGAUCUGACAUCAGUAGUGUCCAUAGGAGGAAUUCUCCUUCCAGUGUACAAGAAAUUAAAAUAUAAAAGGGAACAAAACUUAGUUCCGGUACCAUCCACAAGAAGAAAUUUGCAGAACCUAGCUUUCGCUGUAUCUUCUAAUAAAUGUGUUUGUUUACAUGGUGCUGUUGGUUCUGGAAAGACUGCAUUAGUGGAUUUCUUAGCAGAGGCAACAGGCCAUGAUGAAAAAAAUUUCGCAAAAGUACAAUUAGGUGAUCAAACAGACUCUAAAAUGUUAUUAGGAAUGUACCUGUGUACUGAUAUUCCUGGAGAAUUUCUGUGGCAUCCAGGAAUUUUAACAGAAGCUGUAUUAUCUGGCAAAUGGUUGCUUCUAGAGGACAUUGAUUGUGCUCCUACAGAUGUUAUCAGUGUCAUUGGACAGCUUGUAGAAAAUAAGACAUUGUCGGUUCCUGGAUACAGGGACUCAAUUCACGUAAAAAGUGGAUUUCAAUUAUUUGUUUCUGUGAGAUCCACUGCUGAUGGAACGCAGAAGGCGUUCAAAAUGUCUUUACCGUUCCAGAAACAUUGGUCUUGCGUUAAUGUGGAACCAUUAUCUAAGGAAGAACUUGUAAUUGUUGUACAGACUUCAUUUCCAUUGCUACAUACAGUGGCUACAAGAAUAAUCGACGUGUUUUUGUUGUUUUCUGUCGGCAAACAUGAAGAGGAAACUGUGAAUAGCAUACGAAACGCCAGACAAAUUUCUACUAGAGAUUUAAUUAAGUGGUGUUUUAGAGCAAUUGUUGAUUUUGAUGUAUCUUCACCUGAGUCUGCAUUAAAAAUCUUCCAAGAUGCUUUGGAUGUCUUUUGCUGUUCUGUGCCCAGCAGUGCUCAACGACUGAAUUUAGCAAUAGCAGUAGCACACAAGUUAGGUAUUGUAAAAACAAAAGCAGAGUAUUUCUGCAACAUGCACAAGCCGUCAGUCGAUUUUCAAAAGAAGACUCUGACAGUUGGCAGAGCAAAAUUAGACAUAAAGAAGUCUGAAAGAGUGAAACUUGCUGUCAAAAGUUCAAAUUUCUCUUACACAAGGCCUUCUGUUUGUCUCUUAGAGCGCAUAACUAGUUGUGUAGCUCAAAAAGAGCCUGUACUUCUUGUUGGUGAGACUGGAACAGGGAAAACCAGUUGCAUUCAGUAUCUUGCACAGAUAACUGGUCACAAGUUGGUGGUAAUAAACAUGAACCAACAGAGCGAGAGCACAGAUUUGCUUGGUGGUUACAAACCUGUAGACUUCAAGCUUCUAAUUCUUCCAAUUCGCGAGGAAUUUGAGAUCUUGUUCCGAUCGUACUUCGCCAUUGAACCAAACAAGAAAUUUUUGAGUCAUAUUGGACAUUGUAUCGAGGAGAGAAAAUGGAAAACCUUGACUACCUUGAUGAUCCACAGUACUAGUGCAGCACUGAAAAGAUUAAAAGCAAGUAAAAUAAAUCAGGAUGCAGUGCAACUUUUGAAGAAGUGGGAAGCUAUGGCUCAGAAAUUGGAAAAAUUGCAAUCUCAAGUGCAGAGUAACUAUUCGUUGGCUUUCUCUUUCGUCGAAGGUGGUUUAGUUAAAGCCCUGAAGAAUGGGGAUUGGGUUUUACUAGAUGAGAUCAAUUUAGCUACUGCAGAAACAUUGGAAUGUCUCUCUGGAUUGUUAGAGGACUCUUGUGGGUCGCUCUCUUUGUUGGAGCGAGGAGACAAAGAACCGAUCAAGAGACACCCAGAUUUUGCGAUAUUUGCGUGCAUGAAUCCAGCUACUGAUGUCGGAAAGAAAGACCUUCCUGUAGGACUCAGGAACAGAUUCACAGAAUUCUUUGUCGAUGAGCUCACAGAGAAGGCAGACUUACAACUUCUUGUGAAUUCCUAUUUGAAAGACUUGAACCUUCCACCUGAAAAGAUUGAUGGCAUUGUCAAAUUCUACUUGAAUGUCAGAAAAGAGGCUGAAGCCAAUCUACUUGAUGGAACUGGUCACAAGCCACAUUACAGUUUAAGAACCCUGUGCAGGGCAUUGAGUGUGUCUUCUCAGAAUCCUUGUGGAAACGCGUUGAGAUCUUUGUACGAAGCAUUUUGCUUGAGUUUCUUAACGCAAUUGGACAGUCAAUCGUAUCCAUUGGUGUUGAGGAUGAUUGUGAAGGCCAUCUUAGGCGAGAAGGCUGCCAACGCAAUUCUUAGAACUCCAAUUCCAAGACCACAAAGUGCGUCUAAUGACAGUUUCAUUUGUUUUGAAGGAUAUUGGAUUCCUAAAGGUGACCUUAGUCCUGAGACACCAGAGAAUUACAUAUUAACAGAGACGGUCAAGCAAAAUUUGAAGGAUUUAGUGCGAGUAGUAUCCAUUGGAAAGAUGCCUGUGUUACUUCAAGGUGAUACUUCUGUUGGAAAGACUAGUUUGAUCACAUAUCUGGCAAAAGCCUCUGGACAUACCUGUGUAAGAAUUAACAAUCACGAGCACACUGAUUUACAAGAGUAUGUUGGCACUUAUGUAGCUGAUUGUACUGGAAAGCUGGUAUACAAAGAGGGUAUUCUAGUGGAUGCUAUGCGCAAAGGAUAUUGGAUAAUCCUGGAUGAGUUGAAUUUAGCACCUAGCGAUGUUCUAGAGGCUCUAAACAGGGUGCUUGAUGAUAAUAGAGAACUAUACAUUCCAGAAACACAACAAGUAGUCAAAGCGCAUGAUAAUUUCAUGCUCUUUGCUACUCAGAAUCCUCCAGGAUUGUAUGGCGGCAGGAAGAUACUGUCCCGUGCGUUCAGAAAUAGGUUUGUUGAAUUACAUUUCGACGAGAUACCACCGAAAGAGCUGCAAAUAAUAUUGCACAAGAGAUGCAAGAUGCCAGAAACUUAUUGCAAACAGGUGAUCAGCGUGAUGACGGAACUUCAGAUUAGAAGGAAAAGUACCGCGACAUUUGCCGGAAAGAAAGGGUUCAUAACUCUCAGGGACCUGUUCCGGUGGGCUGAAAGGUAUCGUCUGGCGCCUGACCAUAAAGGCACUUUGUAUGAUUGGAGUCAGCACCUAGCUGAUGAAGGAUAUCUGGUUCUGUCAUCCAAAGUUCGUCACCCUGAAGAAUGUUUAGAGAUCAUACAGGUUUUAAAGAAGCACCUGAAAAGAGAUGUUGAUCCAGAGUCUUUGUUUUCACUUUCAGAUAAAACCUCACCAGUCACUAAACCAAUUCUAGAAUGUCUUCUGUCAAAGAAGAUUCCAGGAUUUGAACAUAUAGUCUGGACUUUCCAGAUGCGAAAAAUGGCAGUGCUUCUUACAAAGGCCUGUGAUUUCAGGGAGCCAGUGCUUCUGAUUGGUGAGACUGGAGGUGGCAAGACCACAAUUUGCCAACUUUUGUCAACGAUCAGACAGCAAGAACUUAGCGUCGUUAAUUGUCACAUGCACACAGAGGCCUCUGACUUUCUUGGCAGUCUUCGCCCUGUCAGAGAUCACAAAGACAGUCAGAAACUGUUCGAAUGGAUGGAUGGUUCUCUGGUAAAAGCCAUGAAAACUGGAGGCUUCUUUCUGGUGGAUGAAAUCUCUCUGGCGGAUGACAGUGUCCUUGAACGACUGAACUCUCUCCUAGAACCAGAACGCAAGCUCUUAAUUGCAGAGAAACCGUCCAGCGAAGAAAACGCAACCGUCUCUGCGAGCGAAGACUUUAUCUUUGUUGGCACUAUGAAUCCCGGUGGCGAUUAUGGCAAGAAGGAACUGUCACCGGCGCUUAGAAACAGGUUCACUGAGAUUUGGUGCGAGGGUUGCGUGUCGUCCGAGGAUCUCAGAUCUAUUAUGGUGCACAAUCUUCGUGAAGGAUUGAAGGAGAAUAUUCCUACAGCUAUCAUAGCCUUCCUCGAAUGGCUGCAAACAACAGAGAUAGGGAAGAAGCUUGUUGUCAGUGUCAGGGACGUGCUGACAUGGGUGAAUUUCGUUAAUUGCUGUGAGAACUUAGAAAUAGGAGACUCUUUCUUCCAUGGCGCAGCAUUGAGCUACAUUGACGGACUUGGGUCUGGCGUGACUGCCACCGAAAAUUCAAGAAAGUUCAAGGAUUUUAAAGAUUCAGCAGUGAAGUUUAUUAAGUAUCAAGUACACAAUACUUUGAAGUCCAAGUUGAUGUUAAACUGUGAACAGUCUGAUGUAGAAAACCUUGAUGUUAAGUUUGGCAUCUCGCCAUUUUAUGUGAAGAAAGGCGAUGAAGGAAUUCCAAGUGACAUAGGAUUUGCUUUCAAGAGUCCAACGACUAGGACAAAUACUUUAAAAGUUCUGCGUGCCAUGCAGUUGAAGAAACCAAUCUUAUUAGAAGGUAGUCCCGGAGUUGGUAAGACUAGCCUGGUGUCUGCUCUUGCCAGAUCCUCUGGCCAUCGACUUCUUAGGCUGAAUCUUAGUGAUCAGACGGACAUAUCUGAUUUAUUUGGAGCUGAUUUGCCAGUCGAGGGUGGAAAGCCUGGAGAGUUUUCAUGGCGAGAUGGUCCAUUCUUGAGAGCCUUGAAGAACGGGGAUUGGAUCUUGCUUGAUGAAUUGAACCUUGCUUCUCAGUCGGUCUUGGAAGGACUGAAUGCUUGCCUUGACCAUCGUGGGGAAGUUUAUAUUCCAGAAUUGGGGAUGACUUUUACUGUCAAGCCUGGAACACGUCUUUUUGGUUGCCAGAAUCCUCUGCGUCAAGGUGGAGCUAGAAGGGGACUUCCAAAGUCAUUUUUGAAUCGCUUUACACAAGUUUUUAUUGAUGUCUUAGAAGUAGAGGAUUUGAGUUUCAUUUUAAAGGCUAAAUUUCCAGAGUUGCCAGAAGAUUUAAUGAGCAAAAUAAUCAGGUUCAAUGAAAGAUUGAGUUCUGAAGCUGGUAUUAAAUGGGCUCAUUCAGGAUCACCUUGGGAAAUGAACCUCAGGGACGUAACCAGGUGGUGUGAAAUAACAAUGGCAGCUUUUGUAAAUAGUUCUGGGAAGAUUUUUAAUCCUGGGAAAGGUGCACAGUUAAUUUAUGUUGAUAGAAUGAGAACAGAGGACGAUAAAACAAAGGUGAAACAAAUCUACGACGAAAUAUUUUCGCUGGAUAAUCAUCCUCUUCCAGACCCAGAAUUUCCUGUUCAUUUCACAAAAGAGAAGGUCUUCUUAGGGGACGAAGUGUUGGAUCGCAGUGACUCUGCGGUGUGCGAGGACGAUAAUCUGUUGCUCCUCAGGGACCAGAAGGCUGCCUUGAAGGAUCUUGCGCAGUGCGUUAACAUGAAUUGGAUGACUAUUCUUAUUGGUGACUCCGGCAGUGGGAAAACCAGUCUCGUUCAUCUUCUAGCGAAUUUGGCCGGACAAAAGCUGAAAUCGAUCGUCGUAAAUUCUGCGAUGGACACCACCGAAAUUUUGGGCGGCUUCGAACAGACGGAUUACGAUCGACACUUCGAGGAAUUGCUCGAGCACACGGAGACGCUGUUAAUCGAAAUCCUGAGGAGGCGACUCGGCAAAGAGAAUUUGGAUCAGGUGUCCCAUUACCAUGGUCUUCUGGAAAACAUUCGACGUUUGUCCGACGACGACGGGACAACAACGACAAUGUUGACGGAAACGAAGCUGUUCCUCCGUAAAGCCGAGGAAUUAUCGAGACUUGUGUCGGCCAUGGAAACAGUGUCGUCGCCGGACCAGACCGAGCUGCUGCGCGGCAUCGCGGAAAAACUGACCGAUCUAUCGAUCGCCGUGGAAAAAGACAAAUGUUUGAACGCCGGCGGAAAAUUCGAGUGGGUUGACAGCGUGCUUGUCAAGUGUCUGCGAAAUGGCACGUGGCUGCUGCUCGACCAAGUAAAUCUCUGCAGUCCGGCAAUAUUGGACCGAUUGAAUGGACUGCUGGAGCCUAACGGCGCACUAACGAUAGGUGAGAAAGGCGUCGACGAAAGCGGAAAUGUGUUCACCGUGCGGGCCCACAAGAACUUCCGGUUGUUUCUCACUAUGAACCCUCGUUACGGCGAAAUUUCCAGAGCGAUGCGGAACAGAGGUGUAGAGAUCGCCGUGCUGACGCCACAGAAUCGUCUCAAACACAACCCCCUGGAUGUCAGAUCGUUGCUGAACAAAUGCGGCAUAAGGGAAACGAGCCAGCAGGAUGUUCUGCUGAAUGUUUACGACGGUUGCUGCAACGAACAGUUCAAACUGAACGAGAUUCUGAGAGUCGCGUCGUUCACCAGCCAACAGAUGUCGAAGGGAUUCAAGUUCGAUGUGUCCUUGAAGAAUUCCUGUCGAGAAAUUUGCGGUGCCCUCGACCAUAGGACGAGGAGAGAGGCGGCGAGGAAAGUCGAUGAAAUUCUGUCGGAGAAUACCGGGAAGAAUGAGACUCUUUGUUGCGACCUGGACGCCAUUACACUCGGCACUUCCGUGCUCAGGAAAAAUUCGAGGCUCGCCAUGAUCGAGCAGCAGGGGUUCCUUUUGAAAUCCGCUGUGGAGACUUUGGGGACCGGCACGAAGGAAAUCGAUCUGGAAGGUCUGUUCAUGCAGCAUCCGGUGACAAACACGUCGGAAUUUCUGAAACUUCUUUUGCUCGAGUUCUACGAGAGAUCAUCAAUGGAGGACGCCGAGAUCCGACGGGUUUGGUGCUCGUUUAUUCUAUCGAAAAAUGGUUUCGACGAUUUCGAGAAACUCGGCGAGAUUCUGAUGGCGGAGCUGAGGAACUCGAGGAUCUUGUUUGAAAAGAAUUCCGGCCUGGAGUUUCCCCUCAACUUCGAUCAGCUCAGCACCGUUGCAAACAAUCUGUCGAUCGCUCUGUAUUUUCGGGCGAUGAUUUUUGACUGGCGUCCGCCGAUGCGGACCGGAAACGCGGACAUCAUGCUUUUGGAAGAUUAUUCUUCUGCUGUUUGCUCUGGAAAGUUGAUCAGAAAGCUGAAAGACGAGCCCCUGAUCGAAAACUUCGUGAAGCUAAUCGAAGGGUCCACGAAAAUGAUUGAAAUUAUCCUCCGCAACGAGCAUCUUUCGAUCAACGACGCGGAUUACAUCGAAUUACGAGAUGCUUUAAAAUGGCUGCGAAGAUACCACGAUCUAGGAUCCAUUGAAUUGAUCGACAGAUCUCGAGGAACGUUCCUGGAUCUCCGUGAGAUCUCGUCCUCCCUAAAAGUCCAUUACAAAUGGUUGGUGAAGCUUUUCAACAAAUUGUUCACGCUGUUGGACAAGAAACUGUGCGACGCGAAACUACGCACAGAGCUGGAUGAUUUUUCAACGACCUAUUUGAACGUAACAAUUAACGCGGACAAAUUCCGGAAAAUUCGGAAGAGGGUUAAGAAGCUGCUAUCGAUUCCUGCGCCGCACUUUUCGGAGGAUUCGAUGAGAUUCCACGAGAAAUUGAGGUCAAUUUCAAGGAAGAUUGAAGUAACGGACGAAGACUCGAUCGAAGUUUCGAAGACAAGAUUGAAAAUUGCAUCCUUGGCGGUCCCGGAAAAUUUCACGGCGCGAAGGAAAUUAAUUGGCAUUUGCUCGGAGAAUUUCAGAAAUGGUCGGAGGACGGAGGACUCGACGGAAUUGGAUAAUCUUAUCGCGGGAAUCGUGACGCUGAAAGAAAUGGACAACAAACGGAUUCGUAGCGACGAGAAUCUGUCGGAAAUCGAGUUAUGGCCGAUCUACGAAUUUUUCUUUCUGCUUUUCGCGUACCAUUUCCAACGGAAGAUCUCCGAGCAAUUUUCUAUCAACUUCGAUCAGGAAAUUAGAGGAGAAUCGACCGAGAACUUGUCCGUAGAUAAUCCCGGAAAUUCUUGUAGAAUUAUCGGUGGAAAAUUCGAAAAGAUUUACGACGAUUGCAAGCUCGAGAAGUUCAGCGAAAUUCCGACCAUUCCUGCGCGCCUAAUUGGCUUAAUAAGAUGCUUAAAUUCGGACGAGAUCGCGGAGAAACAAAGAAUUCAAUUGUUCUUCGAGUUAUUGUUGAUGAUCGAGGACUUUUCUGGCAGAUCUUUCGCUGUGAGAAACUACAACGUUCUUUUACACUGGUUUGACCAGAGGGAAGAGGAGAAUCAAGAUGGCGACCGUGCUUCUGAGACAAUCUUGAUCAGCAAGUCGAACCUCUGCACGCUGAUUUUCAAACUGUUCCUGACGAAGUCUGGAAACCAGAUGUACGAUAUCAACCUUGGAAAUCAUAAGAACAAGAAGAAACAAUUAAAAACGAUCCAAACAAUGCUCUGGAGGAAUUCCUUAGUUUUAAAUACAUCAGAAUUCAAUUUCUCUAUGAAUGACUCUGUUCUCCUUCGGUUCUGUGCUAGUUACUACAUAUCUGCAAUCAAUAGUAGCCUAAACAACUUCAAACUAACACUGAAACAAGAGGAAGAAAAAGAUUUGCAGGACUGUUUUAUGAAACCACUGAGAAUAUUGCAAGAAAUCAGGAAAAGGCUCGAAAUUCAAGUAAACGGCACAGAAAGAGGAAAAGGCUGGCUGAUUCUUGGCUACCUCCAAAUCUUCCUCUUCCACGACUUAGGAUCCAUAGAUCCGGUACAAAAGAUUGCCCUAAAAUCAAAGUACAUUCGCGAGAACAUGUCGGAAUUGGAACAUUUGAUGCUAAUCGAACAACUCCAGAGGACCAUCCUUGCAACUUCCGCUCCCCUUGAUCGAAUAAGGUCAAGGAUCGAUCAUCUGAAGAGAUCGUCAACGGAGGUGAAGAAUUUCGAGAAUGUCCAGGCUGUCAGACCGUCCUCGAGUUACCAAAAUCUGAGAGAAGAGAUCGAGAACUUCUCGAGGAACAUCGGCUCAUUUCAAACGGUCUUUCGGCAGCUAGAUCGUUUGACCGACGUUGUUGGAAGAGCUGGACGAAGGAGUUUGGUAAAUCUGGAUCGCGAGCAGCUGCAGGAAGCAAUGAUCUGGAUGAAAUCGCUGGAGAGAUUUGCAGAAAAAAUGGAGAAGAAUUUCCUGGUGGGAUUCCCUGAUCUGGUCACACCUAUGAUCUGCGCCGUCUUAAACCUGCACCAUGGUGUCUCAAUUUUGAUUCAACAGAUCUCCAACUUGCAAUAUCAAUGCCUGGACUUGAACAUUUCUUUCAAGCUACUGCGUUUCCCUGUCCCAUGCCUUUAUCAGAAGAAUUAUCUGGAUCUAGUCAGACUGUGUGCUUCCGAGAAGAUAAUCUUGAUCCGUGCGAAACAAUCUGGAUCAAAAAAUAUUGAGAAAGACAGAUUAACAAUAUUGAUGAUGGCCCUGCACGAAUUAGAAAAUAUGUCUACGUUUGUUGGAACAAGUUCUCGAUUAAUUUCGCAGGAGCUGAAGAAAAUCUUGGAGAAGAUUCGAAUUCUAUGGCGGGAACAAGAGAAGCAGAGAGAGGAGGAGGCGAAGGAGAAGGAGAGUUUGUUCAGAAUGAAGUCUGAGAAGGAGGAGGACGAGCUGGACUACAGGAAAAUGUUUCCUGGCUACCAACAAGAUUACUUGGAGCUGGUAGACAUCUUCCCCGGCUUCCAACAGGAGUUUCCAGAGCUCCAGAAACUCUCAAGCAACGACCCCAAUCAAAAGGACCACUUCCUUGAACUCAUAUCUUCGAAAGACGCAAGGGAGAUUCAGACUGUCCACUGGAACAUUCUAAGAAACCUAACUUACAGACCGUCAAAUAUUUCUGAGAAAUUAACGAAUAAAUAUAGAAGGUCUAAAAACCAGUUAGAUCACCCAGGAAAGACUCAAGAACCCAAUUUUGUGGAGCCUCUGGCUCACAGAUUCGAGAUGUUUGGAUCCUCCAUUGAAACAUGGCCGAACGAUUUGUCUUCAAAAUUAAUCUGCAGCUUGAAUGUACUAGUCUCGCGGAAAUGUAGCUUCGGUAGCAACAGCAGUCAUGAUUACGACUUUUAUAGGGAUCCAAACAUCAUUGAAGUUGAAGAGUGUCAGCCAUACUUUGAGAAACUCACUGAGAAGAUCGAGGCCUUCCUGAUGGAGUGGUCAGAGAACCCUAUAUUGAAUUCCAUCAAGGUGAUAAUUGAGAGACUACUCAGUUUUCCAAUUAAUUCAUCAUUGCUGAGGUUCUUGGUUGGCAUUGAGUUGUUGCUGACAAAGAUCCAGCAGUGGGAGGAGAAUGCUCGCCACGAUGUCAGUCUGGCAGAGUUCAUGGACUUCUUUGGCAAGAAGAUCCUUCACUGGAGGAAGCUAGAGCUAUCCAGGUGGAAGGACUCGUUAGAGAUCCUUGAGGACAACUUGAAAUCUGAAGCCUCCAGGUGGUGGUUCUUCUUGUUCAACUUGGUGGAACAAUAUCUUGCAGAAUCGUCCGAGACCCGGGAAAGUGACACGAACAAAGAGGCAGAAAGCAAGGUCACCGCUCCUUCGAAGCAGAAAAUAUCAGAAAACCUGGAACGUUUCCUGACGGAGUCAUCUUUGAUCCAGUUUGAGUCGAGACUCCAACUGAUCUACCUUUUCUAUCAACAUAUUUCUACAUUCAUUGAGGGAAAAAACGAGAAGGAGUUAUCUGCCAUUUUCUGGAACGUUUAUCAUUAUUAUAGUUGUUUCUUGGACGAUGUUACUAAUAAAAUCAAAAGCCUGAAGGAGCCAAUCGCUAAGAAGCUGAAGGAUACCGUCAAGAUCACCAGGUGGAAUGACAUCAGUUAUUGGUCGGUGAAGAACACCGCCGAGAAAGCACGCAGAUCUCUGCAUAAGUUCGUGAAGGAGUUCCAGAAGGGCUUGUUGGAGAACGUUGCUGCUCACUUGGCUUUGAAAACGAAAGCUGAGACCUUGAGCAUAGGUAACAGGAGAGAGUUGAGUCCUACUGAUUUCUUGAUCCAGCUUGAGACUGGAAAAUUGAGCAAAAUGGAGAAAGUAGCUCGCAAGGCUAGCCAAUUCUGCCAGGAUAUUGUUGUGAAGAGCAAUUAUUCGCAAAUUAGAAAUGACAUUGAAUCUUUCAUAGAAGACUCGCUCGAAGAGAGUAAGCGACUGAAGAAUUUAGAGGUGGACAAGACUUUGACGAAGAGCAAGCAACAGUCACAAUUGAAGAGCAUGCUUCAACAGAAGAAAAUGGCACUGGCGAAUCAUUUUAAGUCUCUAAGUCAGCUUGGACUUUCUUAUCGAAUUGGUGUUCUGACCUGGAAGAACAGGAAACAUGAAGUCAUAAAUCAUGGUUCGAUGCCCUUGGAUCUGCUAGAGAUCCAAAGGUACGAGUUUAGUCAAGAUUUCAAUGAGAACGUGAAGAAAGGAUUGCUGGAACAGUGGUCUGACUGUGAUAAAUAUUACUACGAAUCUCUGAUCAAAUUGAACUUCCUCGACGCCAUUUUGAACUCUGGAAGAAGCGAUAUUGGGCCGCAGAAUGCCGAACGUUGUCGAGGAUUUUCCGCUCAUCUGAUUCUACUAGCGCAUAAGCAAAAAGAAAUUAUUUUCAAGCUGCUUAAACAUUUCCUUCCUCUCAGAAUCCAACUGCUCAAUCUUGCUCUCAUAAAGGAUGACUUAAAGGAAGAGGCUUAUGGCGGAGAAACAAGACAAAGCGACCUGCAGACCCUGAUGUUGAACUUGCAGGACUUGCUGCCGAUACUGGAACUGACCAUAAAACAAGUUAUUCUCUUCUUGGAAAGUUCGCCACCGGGCUCGCUUGAAGACGAAAAACUUCUUGAUUUAAAUAGAACGGUCAUUCCUAUUUUAAAAGAGCAUAGUGUCGUUGAAGAGUCAGCAAGGACCAUGAAAGAUUCCUUAAAAUUGGUGAAGGACAUAGCAGAUAAACUGAACAAAUGGAUGGCAGUUUCUAAGAGAGUCAAAAUAUCAGGACACAUUUUCUUCUUCCACCAACGACACAUUGACUUCCUUCGGACAAGUUACCUGAAUAUCAGCGACAUCAAAGAAAAGCUGCUUGAUUUCAAUGCAAUCUUUACAUCGGAUCAUCCUAUCACCGAGAAUCUUCAGUUCAUGGUGAAUAAGAUCAGCAUGAACAUUGCCCAUUUUGAGUCAACAUUGAGCAAGCCAUUGGCAGAGGAGUCCGAAAACUCUGAAGAAUUGGAGGAGUACAAGAAACAUUUCGACGUGCUGAUCACACAAGUUCUUCUUGCGAUUCAAAAGAAGUUUCAGAAGUCGAAUGAGGCGACAGAGAAAUCUAAGAAAGAGUCUGAAGAGAGUUUUGAGGAAAAUUAUAUGACAGGAGGACUGAUAGAUUCUUUGAGGACAGCUAUUCCAGAUUUAAAAUUGAGAACAGUAUCAAAAGUCCUUGCAGAACUAUUGGAAAUUAUUUACCAGUUGGAUGUCAAGUCUGCCGAUCGUUGCAUAAAGUUGCUUUUAGAGCACUUGCCCCUUCUCAAGCAAUACACCCUUCUUCUUCAGUAUUAUCUGUACGAGCAAGUAGCUUCGUUCCGUCUAACAUGCAAGUUCCUCUAUCUUCAGCUGAACGUCUUCCUCGACUUAGCUACAAACGGUUUUUGUCAACCGCAGGACGCAAAUGCCCCUGAGGACGACCAAGAUGGCGGUCCAAGCGAGGGAGGAAUGGGUUUAGCCGAGGGCGAAGGGAAGAAGGAUGUCUCGGAUAGAAUUGAAUCCGAGGAUCAAUUGGAAGACACGAAGGGUCCAAAUGACCAGAAAAAGGACGAUGAGAAGAAGGACACAGAGGAAGAAGAUAAGGGUAUUGAGAUGUUGGAGAAUUUUGAGAGCCAUUUGCAAGACGUGGAACAAGAUGAAGAAGACAAGGACAAGGAGGAAGACGAGGACCUGGACAAAGAAAUGGGUGAAACUGACGAGACUGCCGAGAAGCUAGACGAAGAGAUGUGGAAAGACGACGAAGAGGAAGAAGCAAGUGAGGGAGAACAAGGUGAAGAAGACAAGAAAGACAAGAAGGGAAAUGGGGAGGAGACCGGCCAAGAAGAAAUGGGCGCAAAAGACGGUAACGAGGAGAAAGAUGAAAACGAAGAUAAGGAAACGGAAGGGGAAGAUCGGAGGAAAGAAGAAGAGAAGAAGGAGAUCAAUGAGUUCAACGAACCUGAGGUCGACGAUGAUCAGAUAGAUCCUUAUCAUGGGAAACAACAGCCAGAAAUCGAGCCGGAAGAGUUUGAUCUCCCAGAGGACAUGGCUUUGGACGAUGAAAUGAAAGAAGACAAGGAAACCGAUGAGCAAGAAGAGAAUCCAUUCGACAUCGACCAGAUGAAGGAGUCCAAGAUCCCAGAAGAACCUGAAGAAUCUAAAGAAGAGGAGGGCAAAGAAGAUGCAGAUGAACCCAUGAAUGAUAAUAACUCGGAUGAUACUGACGUAGAAGAAGAUCCGCAUGCAGACGGUGACAAAAAGAAAGAUACAAAGGAAGCUAAUACCGAAGAGGACAAAGAAAAUGAUUCGGAGGAGCAGAAAAUGGAGGAAGAGAAACCGCAGGAAGAGAAAGUGUCGCCCAGUUUGGAUGCGAGCAGCAAGGAGAUGGAUGCCUCUGAGGAAGUCGAAUCGAGGAAAGACGGCUCCAGAGAUGCCGUGGAAAGCCAGUCGAACGAAGAGAACACGGAAACCGACCCCGCAGAAGUUAACGCAGAUGAUACAAAGGACAAAGGGACGGGCCAGUCGCAGACGGAAAAACGGCAAGGUCACUCCGGGUUGAAGAAAGAAGAGAACGCCCCCACGUCCGGCGAAGAAAAGUCGUCCAAGCCGAUUGAGAAACGAAGGAAACCGGGUCAAAGCGAUGAAAACCGCAGUCUGCUCGACGACGAAGUUCAACCGUCUGCAAAGAAAUUGAAGACUGGACUAAUGCGCGAGGAGCGGGACGAUCGUGAAGAAGAGGGGAACGAUCCUGACAAUGGAGGCGCAAGCGAGACUUAUGAACACAUCAAGAAGUCCGAGAAGUUCGAUGACGUUGUCUUUGACGCUGCGACCGAGGAGCAAGUCAAGCAACAGGCUUCAAAUAUGGAAGAUAAUGAAGAAAAGGUGGUUGAGGAUGAAGACGUCGAGAUGCACGAAGAUCCAGAGCCAGAAGAACAGCAGGACGGAGUGGAGAAGGAGCAUUCUUCUAAAAUGCCUGAGAGCAAGGAGGAGAAAUCAGGUCGAGGGAAGGGUGAAAGGUCCGACGACGUUGAAGAUGUUGAAAUGGUAGGCGAAGUUGAGGGCGAAGAAGUAGAGACAAGCCGUGUCUUGCGUGGCAGCGAGUCCACUUUCCAUACAAAACUGUCGGAAGCGGAGCUCUACGAUGUCUCGACAGAGGAUAUCGCAAGGAAGAGGUCUGAGAUUGAAAAUAUGCUCGGUCAAUGGAGCCAGCAGUCAUCGUCCAUUGAAGCGGCGAAUGCUUGGAGCUCUAUUAGCGCGUUGACAGAGUCAGCAGCCAGAGAACUCAGUGAGAAAUUACGUCUGGUGUUAGAACCCACUCUAACGUCCAGGUUGAAAGGUGAUUACAGAACUGGCAGACGAAUAAACAUGAGAAAAGUAAUCCCUUAUAUCGCUAGUGAAUUCCGCAAGGACAAGAUAUGGUUGAGGCGCACGAAACCGUCAAAGAGAGACUACCAGAUCGUGCUAGCCAUCGAUGACUCGAGCAGCAUGGCUGAUAAUCGCUCAAAGGAAUUGGCUUUCGAGUCUCUGUCGUUAAUUGGCAAGGCCAUGACCUAUUUAGAGGUAGGGCAGCUUGCUGUGAUUAACUUUGGGGAACGUGUGAACAUCCUUCACCCGUUCGGGGAAAAUUUCACUGAGGAAAGUGGAGCAAGGUUGAUCCAAGAAAUGAAGUUCGAGCAGAAGAAAACGAUGAUCGGCCAGUUGUUAGAGUAUGCAAUAGACAUGUUCGCAAGCCACGGCAGUGCCACGGAUAAUGCAAAAUUAGUGACUAUUUUAUCCGAUGGCAGAGGGAUAUUUUCAGAGGGAGUAGAAAAAGUGACGACAGCUGUGAGAAGAGCCAAAUUACAAAAUAUUUUCUUAGUUUUCAUAAUCGUCGAUAAUCCUCUUAACAAGGAUUCGAUACUGGACAUACGGAUGCCAAUUUUCGAAAAGGGGAAAUUGCUGGGAAUACGUUCGUACAUGGACAGUUUUCCAUUUCCGUUUUAUAUCGUUUUACGGGAUUUAGACACUUUGCCGGUGGUUCUCAGUGAUGCAUUGCGUCAGUGGUUUGAACUUGUUGGCAGAAUCGAUACUUGAACACCGUUUUACAUCCGUGAAAACCGUUUGAUCAUUUUAUGUAUGCGAAAAGUUGCGAAAAUUUUCUCGAUGCCGGACUUACAUCGUUAUUGUUGAGUUCUACUACUUCUUUUCGAAGAUGAUCGACGCCCGACGUUAUAUCGACUUGUACUACUUACAAGAUUAUUUUAGGUUUGUAGCCUACGUGUGUACUAAAAUAUUUGAUCUAUCGGUAAACUUUACCAACAGUCGAUUGCGGAUCGAUAAUCACAGUGGCGCACGAAAUAAAUUCCUGAAAUUUA